AUGAACAUGGAGACGAUCAGGUGCUCAAACAGGGAGGUGUUCUCGAGGGUGGACAUGGUCGCCCGCGUCGUCAAGCAGGGGUCCGCGUUCAUCAAGACGACCACGGGCAUGAUCGAGGAUGCGGGCGUCAUCACGGAGGCCAUCACGAUGGGUUCCAUGUCCCUGAAGUGCAACCACAACGUCCUCUCGGGCAAGGGUCUGGUAGCACAAGAGAGGCUAGACGAGCUCACGUGGUUCAACGUGGUCACGUCUGCCAUCAUCUCCGACUCCCUGUCCAUGAUCGAGUUCCUGGACAGGUGCACGGUCGUGGGUGACUUCAAGGCCAGGGUCGUCAUCGCGGGCAUGAUGUCGGUCCUACACGCGGCCUCGGUCGUCUACAUCUUCGAGUGCGUAGACGCCUUCACGCAGUGGGGGCCGAAGAUGCACAUCGACGUGCUCAUGGACCCGCAGGUGGAGAUAGCCAUGAGGGCGUACGUGGGUCCGAGGUUGAACACGAACAUAAUCGUGACACCGGCUCCGCUCGCGUACAUAUCCACGAUCUUGUCCGUAGAGUCCCCUGUACACACGACCUUGAUCACGCAUGGGACUGACCUCGCGGACGCGAUCAUGAAGAUGACCAAACCCACGAGCGUGGACGUGAACAUGCACGUGGACGUGACUACCAUCGAGUUCGAGUCCAGACUCAGAUCGUACUGCUCGAACAUGGGCAUGCUCGUGGAGAUGUGUCCGUGCGGCGACCCGACCGCGAACACGGUGAGAGUCAUACCUGUUCACGCACCUGGGGACACCGAGCCGGCAGUGAUCAAGCACAGGGACAUGGACGCGACCAUGUUCGGAAAGAUGAGGUGGUACCACCGGAUGGUCAGACGCAUGCCCGUAAACUCGAAGUGCUACGACUGCAGCGUCGCGCUCGUGAUCUCCAGGGCGAUCUUGAAGGGGAUGACGGGCAGGGGGCUGGACGAGCCCGUGGAUGCGUGCGGGUUAUGGACGGAGACGUUCUCCAGGCAGGUGAACGUGGGCGCCUCUGUGAACUAG